AACCCGCUGCAGGACGCGAACUUCUGCUCGCGCCUGUUCUUCUGUUGGCUAAACCCCUUGUUUAAAAUUGGUUACAAACGAAGAUUAGAAGAAGAUGACAUGUACUCCGUGCUUCCGGAAGAUCGCUCCCAGCACCUUGGAGAAGAACUACAAGGGUACUGGGAUCAAGAAGUUUUGAGAGCUGAGAAAGAUGCACGGGAGCCUUCUUUAAUGAAAGCAAUCUUAAAGUGUCACUGGAAAUCCUAUUUAGUUUUUGGAUUUUUUAUACUUCUUGAGGAAGCCACCAGAGUCGUUCAGCCCAUAUUUUUGGGGAAAAUGAUUAAUUAUGUUGAAAACUCCAAUCGCACGGAUUCUGUCACUUUGCAGGGAGCCUACGGCUACGCGGCAGGACUGAGCGCCUGCGUGCUCGUGUGGGCCGUUCUGCACCACUUGUACUUCUAUCACAUUCAGCGCGUGGGGAUGAGGCUGAGAGUAGCCGUGUGCCAUAUGAUCUACCGCAAGGUACUUCGUCUGAGUAGCUCAGCCAUGGGGAAGACCACCACAGGACAGAUAGUCAACCUGCUGUCCAAUGAUGUGAACAGGUUUGAUCAGGUAACGAUGUUCUUGCACUAUCUGUGGGUGGGGCCACUGCAGGCAAUUGCAGUGACUGCCCUGCUCUGGAUGGAAACAGGAAUAUCGUGUCUUGCUGGGAUGGCAGUUCUCAUUUUCCUUCUGCUGUUGCAAAGCUGCUUUGGGAUGUGGUUUGCAUCACUCCGGAGUAAGACCGCAGCUCUCACAGAUGACAGGAUCAGGACCAUGAAUGAAUUUAUAAGUGGCAUCAGAACAGUAAAAAUGUAUGCUUGGGAAAAGUCACUUAUAGACCUCAUUACCAGCUUGAGAAGGAAGGAAAUUUCCAAGAUUCUGCAAAGUUCCUACCUUAGAGGAAUGAAUUUGGCAUCAUUUUUUGCUGUAACCAAAAUCAUGAUUUUUGUCACCUUCGCCACCAAUGUGGCUUUCAACAAGGUGAUCACAGCCAGCCAAGUGUUUGUGGUGGUGACGCUGUAUGAGGCUCUGCGGUUUACAAGCACCCUCUACUUCCCCAUGGCCAUCGAGAAAGUGUCAGAGGCCAUUGUCAGUAUCCGAAGAAUAAAGAACUUUUUGUUACUUGAUGAGCUAUCACAGCUUAACACUCAACUGCCAUCAGAUGAUAAGACAAUCGUGCACAUGAAAGAUUUUACUGCUUUUUGGGAUAAGGAAUUAGAAACUCCAACCCUACAAGACAUUUCAUUUACUGUGAGACCUGGUGAACUGUUAGCUGUGGUUGGACCUGUGGGAGCAGGAAAGUCGUCACUGUUACAUGCUCUGCUGGGGGAGCUGCCCCCGAGCCAGGGACAGGUCAGCGUGCACGGGAGGAUCGUGUAUGUUUCUCAGCAGCCUUGGGUGUUCUCAGGAACUGUGAGGAGUAACAUUUUAUUUGGGAAGAAAUAUGAAGAAGAACGAUAUGAAAAAGUAAUAAAGGCUUGUGCUUUGGAAGAGGAUUUACAGCUUUUGAAGGAAAAUGAUCUAACUAAGAUAGGAGACCGGGGAACCCCACUGAGUGAAGGACAGAAAGCCCGGGUCAGCCUCGCCAGAGCCAUGUAUCAGGAUGCAGACAUCUACCUCCUGGACGAUCCGCUCAGCGCAGUGGACGUAGGAGUCAGCAGACACUUGUUCCAGCAGUGUAUUUGUCAGGCCUUGAAGGAGAAGAUCACAAUCUUAGUGACUCAUCAGCUGCAGUACCUAAAAGAUGCAAGUCAGAUUCUGAUACUGAGAGAUGGCAAAGUUAUGGAAAAGGGGACUUUUGCUGAGUGUUCAAAAUUUGGGAUAGAUUUUGAAGAUAUUAUUUUAUGGGAGGAGACAGAGGAGGCUGAACUAUCUCCAGGUCCAGGAACACUCACUCUGAUCUCCGAGUCUUCGGUUCAGUCUCAACCGUCUUCCAGACCCUCUUUGAAAGAUGCAGCUCCAGAGGACCCAGAUACUGAGACCAUCCAGGUUACAUUUCCACUGGAGGGCUGUUCGGUUGGAAGAGUUGGUUUUAAGACCUAUGAGAAUUACUUCACAGCCGGUGCUCACUGGUUUAUCAUCAUUUUCCUUAUUUUAGUGAACAUCGCAGCUCAGGUUUCCUACGUCCUGCAGGAUUGGUGGCUUGCAUACUGGGCAAAUAGACAGAGUACCCUAUAUGCCAUGGCAUAUGGAAAAGGAAGGGUAGUUGAAAUACCUGAUUCUGGCUGGUACUUAACAGUUCACUCAGGUAAAUCAUCUGGUACCAUCCUUUAUGGCAUCACAAGAUCUCUGUUGAUAUUCUACGUCCUUGUUAAUUCUUCACAAACUUUGCACAACAAAAUGUUGAAGUCCAUUUUCAGAGCUCCAAUGCUGUUCUUCGAUAGAAAUCCAAUAGGAAGAAUUAUGAAUUGUUUCUCUAAAGACAUUGGCGAUAUGGAUGACUUGCUGCCCCUGACAUUUCUUGAUUUCAUCCAGACAUUUCUACUUGUGAUUGGUGUGGUGGGUGUGAUGGUGGCUGCAAUUCCUUGGAUUGGUAUACCUGCAAUUCCCCUUGGCAUCCUUUUCGUUAUUCUUCAGCGAUAUUUCUUAGAGACGUCACAAGAUGUGAAACGCCUGGAAUGUACAACUCGGAGCCUGGUGUUUUCCCACCUAUCAUCUUCUCUCCAGGGACUCUGGACCAUCCGGGCAUACAAAGCAAAAAAGAAGUUUCAGGAGCUGUUUGAUGCACACCAGGAUUUGCACUCAGAGGCUUGGUUCCUGCUUUUGACGACGUCCCGAUGGCUCGCUGUGUAUCUGGAUGUCACCUGUGCCAUCUUUGUCACUGUUGUUGCCUUUGGAGCCCUGAUUAUGGUGGAAUCUUUGACUCCCGGGCAGGUUGGCCUGGUCCUGUCUCUCACGCUCACACUCACGGGGAUGUUCCAGUGGUGCGUCAGGCAAAGUGCCGAAGUUGAGAACAUGAUGAUUUCAGUAGAAAGGGUGAUUGAAUAUACAGACCUUGAGAAAGAAGCACCUUGGGAACUUGAGUAUCGUCCACCACCAUUCUGGCCCCCAAAUGGAGGGAUUUCCUUUUCCAGUGUGAACUUCAGGUAUAACUUGGACAGUCCUCUGGUAUUGAGGAACCUUGAAGCAUCUAUUUACCCAAGAGAAAAGUAUGGCAUCGCGGGAAGAACAGGAGCUGGAAAAAGUUCCCUCAUUGCUGCCCUUUUUCGAUUGUCAGAACCUGAAGGUGGCAUUUAUAUUGAUGGAAUCCUGACAACUGGCAUUGGACUGCAUGAUUUAAGGAAGAAAAUGUCAGUUGCACUUCAGGAACCUGCUUUAUUCACUGGAACAAUGAGGAAAAAUCUGGAUCCCUUUAAUGAGCAUAUGGAUAACGAACUGUGGAAUGCCUUAGAAGAGGUACAACUCAAAGAAUCCAUUGAAGGUCUUCCUGCUAAAAUGAAUACUGAAUUAGUAGAAUCUGGAUUGAACUUGAGUGCUGGUCAGAAACAACUGGUGUGCCUUGCCAGGGCUCUUCUCAGGAAGAAUCAGAUAUUGAUUCUUGACAAAGCCACAUCAUAUGUGGAUCCAAGAACUGAUAAGUUCAUACAAAAAAGAAUUCGUGAGAGAUUUGCCCAGUGCACUGUGCUGACCAUUGCACACAGGUUGAGCAACAUUAUUGACUGUGAAUGGAUACUGGUUUUGGAUUCAGGGAAACGGAAAGAACAUAAUCAGCCAAAUAAUUUGCUGCAAGAUAGAAACAGCCAAUUUUACAAGAUGGUGCAAGAACUGGGCAAGGAAGAGGCUGCUGUCCUUGCUAAAAGGGCAAAAUAGGUGUACUUCAAAAGGAGACAGCCAGAUGUUACCCACAGUGACCUUGUGGUUAUGAAUGUUUCCAGUGGACAGCCCUCAGCCUUCACAAUUUUUGCGUCAACACUGUGA